CGUCUAAAAUUUAGGUCUGAUGACAGGGAUAAUUCUCUACCAGGCCGCCAUGCCCAUUUGCGACUAUCUGUUGUUCAGAGUCUAUUUGGUCCUGUCGUCCAAGCUCUCUCAACCUGCUCUCGUCUCGAGCUAAAAACUUCUGCAGCCCCCAAGGCAAAAAACUAUAUUGAAAAGGUAGCUGCGCCAUCUGCUUCCACGAUAGCGUCAACUCUUGCAUCUUCUGUAUCUAGUCCCGAGUGCAGUCGGCAUUGUAGCCAGCUUGCUCGGGCGCAGCUGACAGUCCGAGUGAGUCAUUGUCUUCUGAGGACUCUUUACGAGUUUCUUCACCCUAGCGAGGACACUAACUCUUUUGAUGCUGAGGCACCUGAGACAAGUUGGCCUUUACUCUCUCGAGAGGCACUCCAGCUUGUUGAUUCUCUCCUUCAGCCACCACCGCAAACAACCACUGUAUCAAAUUCCUCAUCCUCAUCACUCUCACAUUUAGAGGAAAUGGCAAGCUACUUGAUUUUGCUCGCCAGAGCUCAAUGUACAAACAAUUUGAUUGCUCAACUCAUGGUAGCCUCUUUCUCUCCUGAUAUAUUGUUUACUUCCGGACCAACGAGUGACUCUGAAUGCAUCUUGUCAGCUUGUCUCUCAGUUGAAGCUCUUGAUGCCGGUUUUACCUUCGGUAGACUACUAGCGAUGGCUAAAUCUCACUUGCUCGAGACGGAUAAUGCCUCUCAGGAGAACACAGCUGGCAUAUAUGAUACCAAGAUGGAUUCUCAGCCAGCCUCUGAUGCCCCCAACGCGAGCUGCUUGGCUAAACGUCUGCACCACAUUUCCUUAGAGUGUACUGUUGCUUGGGAAUCAACCAUCGAGCACCCGGUGACCCUCGGUCAAUUUCCAUUAAUUCCAGCUCUUAUAGCUCUUGCCAUCACCGGUUCCUGCACAGACAAUCCUUGCUGUUCACCCUCCGUGCAAACGGAUUCAAUCCAAGCCUCUAUCUCUUCUAAUGAACUUGGACUCUGUCUGGCUACGCGAAUAUCGGCUCUUCGGCUGAUAGGCGUCGGCAUUCACAUGGAUGGCUUCAAUGAAACAAAGUGA